AUGGGUGAAAAUAGCGAUGUAAAUGACAUCGAAGGGAGGAAGAACGGAUUUCAGAGCUUUGAGCAUGCGGCCGCCGAUAUAGUGCUUGCAGCGAGCUUCAAUUCUUCUGGCACACGGAUAGUCCUGUGCUCGGCAGAUCACAAAAUCAGGGUGUACAAUAUAGACGAAGAUAACGAGUAUUUCUUAGUAGACCAAUGGCGUGGACAUGAUGCCGAGGUGCUGGAUGUCCAAUGGCUUGCAUCCAGCUUGGGACAGUUCUUUGCAACUAUUGGCGGCGACAACAAGUUCAAACUAUGGCGAGAGGACCCAUCGCAAGCAUUCAAGAGUGGACGACGCUUCAGGUGCAUCUUCUCGCAGUCGCCGCUCAACCAUGUCUCCUAUGUUUCCUUUGGCUCUAAGACUAUCAGACAUGACCUUUUCCUCUCUCUAAUUACCCACGAUGGACUACUUUCCCUUUUGGAGCCCGCAGAUCCCGAAUCGUUGAGCUCAUGGAACGUAAUCGACAACAUCUAUCCCUUCGGGCAGCACCAUCGAGGCACCGAGGCUAGAUUCAGAUUAUCUUUCCACCAAGGCGAGGGCCCCAGUACCAACGCAGUUUUCGCAGGUUUGGACCCGAAUGCAAUUUCACUCGCUGUCUCCGCGAUCGAACACAUAAAAAUAUAUCGCGCCGUUAAGUCUGUCAAUGAAAUAGCCUGGGCACCGGGAUGCCUUCAUCCGUACGAUAUAAUUGCUGCGGCCUGUAAUGACGGUACAAUUCGUAUUUUCGAAGUCAACACACCACAUGAAGUUGAUGCAUCGUCAAGGACCCCGGCCGUUAAAGCAUACAAACCCAAUGGACCGCGAAGAGCAUUACCAGCGACUAUGCGUAAUGCGCCCUCUGGUAUAGGUGCUGGUUUAGCAGACAUGUCUCGCAAUGCACCUCCACGCGAGGUCAUGAAUAGCUUGAACAUCAAGCAUGAGUGGAAACAAGCCGCAUUACUGUCGCAUGAUGAGGCACCUGUCUGGAAGAUAAGAUGGAUAUACGACGGCAGUGCUUUGGCUUCGACAGGCGAUGACGGGAAGGUCCACUUAUGGAAGCAGAGCUUAAGUGGCGACUACGUUGACUUUGCAGAGACCGAGCCAGUGUGA